UUAAGGCAGAACGAUUAUUGGAAGAACUUGAUAAUGGAGUACUAUUAUGCCAACUGAUUGAUGUUCUUCAAAACAUGAUAAAAACAUGCAACUCUGAAGAACCUGAGAAUUUUCCAAUGAGAAAAGUGCCCUGUAAGAAAGAUGCUGCCUCAGGUUCAUUCUUUGCAAGAGAUAAUACUGCAAACUUCCUUCACUGGUGCAGACACAUUGGAGUUGAUGAGACUUACCUCUUUGAAUCUGAAGGUUUAGUUUUGCACAAAGACCCAAGACAGGUGUAUCUUUGUCUUCUAGAAAUUGGUCGAAUUGUGUCAAGAUAUGGGGUUGAGCCACCAGUAUUAGUAAAACUUGAGAAAGAAAUUGAACUGGAAGAGACCUUACUUAAUACUUCUGGGCCUGAAGAUUCUAUUAGCAUUCCAAAAUCAUGCUGUCAGCAUGAAGAGCUGCAUGAAGCUGUUAAACAUAUUGCUGAAGACCCUCCUUGUAGUUGUUCCCAUCGAUUUUCUAUUGAGUACCUAUCUGAAGGACGGUACCGACUUGGGGAUAAAAUACUCUUUAUAAGAAUGCUUCAUGGAAAACACGUCAUGGUCCGUGUUGGUGGAGGCUGGGACACUCUUCAAGGAUUUUUACUGAAAUACGAUCCCUGUCGAAUAUUGCAGUUUGCUACACUAGAACAAAAAAUUCUAGCUUUUCAGAAGGGAGUUUCUAGUGAAAGUGUACCUGAUCCGUCCACCAGAACUCCUCAGCCUCCUGAAAUGAAUCCUUUGUCAGCAGUGAGCAUGUUUCAGAAACAAAAACAAAAACCUGGCACGCCAAUGGGUAUUCCCAGGAACAAAGAAAAGCAGGCACGUCCACUGGCUGAGAUGCUGCCAGAAUCUUCCCUGAAGCGAGGGAAUCUGGGCUCCGUGUCAGUCCGUCCUAAAUUGCCAAAUUCUCCGGCAGUGUCUUCUCAUCUUAAGCUCAAAUCUUCAAAAGGCGUAGCAAAGAAACCACCAGCACCUUCUUCCAACAAUGCUUCAUCUCCACUUCCUUCUUUAAAUCCAGUAGGUAAAAGUACUUCUUCACCAGCUUCAUCCAGAACUGCACCCAGGUGUAUCUUAUCGCCCAGAACUCCUAAGGCCAAGCUUGCUAUAGCCCAGAAGCCCAGAGAUGGGCCCGAGUCUGCACUUUUGCCAAACAAAUCUGGAAAAACGGAACCAAAGCAUUUGAAACACACGCAUGUAUCUUCCAGGGAUAGCGCAGUAUCUCAGUCAGCGGCACAUUCAGAUUCAUCAUCAGAGUGUCCAAAGCUCCCUAAAGCAAAUGUCCAUGUAAGGCCUAAACCUUCCCCUUCUUUACAUUCCCCUGCAAAAAUGACAAAAUCUGGUUCUAAAACUACAGCUGCAGGUCUAGGAACACAGUCUCAGCCAUUUGACGGAGCCCCACAAGCCAGGGCAAUGCCAGCACAGAAACCUAAGUCAGCCUUGAGCUUAAACCAGCCACCCUCCGUGUCCUCAGUUGUGCCUGCAGAAGCUGCACAGGAAUCAAAAGAUAAGAAUAUGGCUUCAGUUGCCAAAAAGCAGCCUCCAAAUAAAAGUACAUCCCAGAAGACAGGACCCAGCUCCUCAAAGUCCCCUGGCCGUACCCCGCUUUCCAUCAUGAGUCUUCCCCAGUCCUCUGUCAAGGCACAGACUGUACCAAAGUCAGCACAGACCGCCACUAAGGGCCAGUAUUUAGCUAAAGGGCCUCCAAAAAGUGCCAAAGCCCCAGCUUCAACCAGGAAGCCACCCUCAUCUGGUAAGGAAGCAGUUGGCGAAGAUCAAAAACUUACUUCAAAGAAGAAGGAAGAUGAUGACCAUUAUUUUGUUAUGACUGGAAGUAAGAAACCUAGAAAGUGAACACAACUGUCUCAUUUUAAGAAAACAGGAAAGGAAGAGAACAAAUAUAUUAGCAUCAUAUCUUAAAAUUUUCUCCUGUUAAAAUAGAUUCAGAAAUUAAUCACAGUAAGAUGGGGGUUGGAGGCUGGGGAUGGAGGUGGAGGGUGCAUCAGAAUUCUUAAUAAUAGACAUUUAUAUGAUUUUCAAUUCAUAGGAUCUUUGUUAAUAUCUGCCCUUGAGGGGAAAUGUAGAGUUAAAUAACACUACUGGAGUUAUAACUAUAGUUGCUAUAUUUUUCAAUGUGUAUUAAAUAGGGAGGUUACAUGCCUACUAAUAGCAAUAGUAGUGCUCUAAAUAUUAGUUAUUGCAUCUUAAAAAUAGCAACGGUUUGGCAUUUGUCUUACAAAAGGCACCUAAUUUAACUUUUUGAUCAGGAUUGCCUGAUUGAACAGUCCUAAGUACCAUUGGCUGCUGCUGAUUAGCCUGGAUGUUACUCUAGGGUUAGAAUUGUAUUAAGAUUUUUUAAGCUUUCCAAAUCAGAAGGAACUGAUUUUUGACUGGCUUAUUUUAAUAUUGGUAAUAUUUUGUUAUAUUUUUGGAAAAAAAUUUUGUAAUAUUUUUGGUAUAAAAGCAAGAUAUUGAAAUAUAAUCUGAAAUUUGGUAAAAAAAAGACAUUAUUUAUAAAGUGUAAACCUCUUUUAGAUGGAUGUUGUGCAAUGUGAAAGGGGAAACUGAUUUUGUAAAUUUUAGCAUAUCAAAAAUAUUUUUAAUAUAGUUUCCUAUGAGUGCAGAUAUAAAUUUUUACUUUAAUGUUUUAACAUCAGAAUUAUGUUUUAACAGCCUUAAAACUAAGGUGUUAUUAAAGAAUCUUAUGAUGGUGCUAUAUAAAAAUUCUAUUAUGUGAUUGUUAUUUUUCCUUAGGUAGCUCAAUGCCAGUUUUAAUUAGAUCCUUCCAAUUACAUUAAUUUUCUUUAAUAAUGUCAUGCUGCUUUCAGUUUUUCAAUGGCAAGUGGACAGUAUGUAUGCAGCAUCUUAGACUCUGUAGGCAGAUUCUCCAAGGAGCACAUCCACAUCAUGUAAUGACUGCAUAGGUUCCACUGAUCUAAGAUAAAUGUAAAUAAUUUGUAUUUUAAGGGAUUAUGACUAUUUAAAAAAGUAUUAGUGUACUUUCAGAAGUUUGGGGGUAUGCUUAUUAACUAUAUAGUAUUAUCAGUUAUCAUAGGUUAUUGUAUUCAAUAUUGCGGUCUGUGUUUCCCUAUUUUAAACUAGAAUAUGUUGUCUAAAGAAAAAUAAUGGUUUAUACAAAUGUGCAAUUACAAAAUAAGCAUCUUAAGUUGACUACUAACAUUCUACAGAUUAUAAAGCAAGAAAACCUUGUAUAAAAUGAAGUGACCUUUUGUCUGAGGAAUACAGUUAAAAUCAGAGAUAUAUGCACACUCGUUUUGGAAUAAUUGGUGCUCCUCUUCUUACAAAGACAGUCACCAAAUAUUUGGUUUGGUUCUGUUACUCUGGGCAUUGAGAGAGAAUAUUUAAGUCUUUGGAAAGUGAAAUCAAGUUCAAGAAGUGCUGGAUGCUUUACAUUUUUAGUGAUCAGAAAUAUUUAAGGUGUCUUCCAUAGAGGAAGAAUUUUACCUUCAAGGGAGUUUAUUUCUCCAUAAGAUCAAAUAAUUCUUCUGUACCAGUAACUUCCAGAACUUAUAAAAGUAUGAAACUACAGCCAACCUAUGAAUCCAAGUAAAUUUUACAGUAUGUAAAGAGUAACUUUUGUGUUGAGAAUAAUCAGGAAUAAAGUAUCCCACAGGCAUCUGGUACAAA